AUGAAUAUAGAUUCAGAGGAUAUAAAUAAUAAUGAUGGUAAUUUUACCCAUAUUAAUAAUACAGAGAUGAUUAUAUUUCGGUAUUUUACAAUUUUUUUGUAUUUUUUAUUAUUUUGUAAUAUUUUUUCUUUAUUUGGUUUAGGUAUUUAUUUUUUGAGUAUACCUUGUGAGAAAUGUGAUUUUUAUAAUAGAAUAUUAGUUACAGUUAUUUUAGUAAAAAGUAUUGCUCAUUUAAAAUUAACUAUAAUUAAAGUAAAAAGAAGAGAUGAAAUAGAAAAUAAUGAAAGAUUAAAAAAUAUAAUAGUUUUUUUAAUUAAAAUAUUUAAUUUUCUAACUUUUUUAUUAGCAGUAGUAUCUUUAUAUUUCCUUCAUUUUUACAACAAUAUUUGUGUAACACCUACUUUAUCUUUAAAAUUAAUUAGAAUAUAUUAUUAUUUUACAAUAACAUUAUAUUUUAUUCCCUUAUUAUUUUAUAUAUCUAUUGGUUUAUUUUUAUCAAUUAUAAUAUGUAUUAUGAUAAAUUAUUCUGUUGAAGAAGGUGAUCGAAUUCCAACUCCUGAAAAUAUAAUAAGUAGAUUAAAAAUAGUGAAAUAUAAAGAUCUAGAUUAUAUUCAUAAAAAAGGAAAAAAGAGUAAUAAGAACAAAAAAUAUAUUAAAAAACCAUCUUUUGAAAUGAUAUUUGAUAAAGUAAAAAGCGUUAUAAUAGAUAAAGAAAAUAACGAAAAAAAAAAAAAAAUGCAACUAAAUAGUAGCAACUCAAAUAUUAUUGAUGAAAAUUUACAAGAAAUGCUAAAACCACUUAAUACAAAUAUUGAAAGUGAGAUUAAUUAUAAUAAUGAUAACAAUAAGGUUACUCAAGAAAAUCUUUUAAAUAAUAAUAAAGAAAUAUCAAACGAAAAUGAAGAUGUAUGUUCAAUAUGUAUGAUGAAUUAUAUAAAUAAUGAUGAUGUUAUGAUAAUGCCAUGUGAUAAGAGACAUUUUUUUCAUGUUAGCUGUUUAACAAAAUGGUUAUAUAAAAGUCAAGUUUGCCCAAUUUGUAGAACAAAUAUUGUUAAUUGUUUUAAUUCAAAAAAUAAUAUAGUUUAA